UGUCCGUGUCUAUAAAUAACUCGCCACGACGAUUUCCCAGGAAUACAAGUGGAAAUCCCACUGGCUAUAUGACGUCACUCCAUACGGAAGUAUCCUAAGACAGGACAGCGGCCCGGGGGAGCGGAAACUGAGCAAACCUGUGGGAGAGGCGAUAUCAACAGUUCGUGACCUUGUGCCGGAAUGACGUCAAAGGAGGUUCGCCGCCAUAAUGAAGCUGUGUACACUGACCUGGAGGUUGGGGAUUUGCUGGAGUUUAAACGAGGAAUGUACUCCCACUGGGCGUUAUUCAUCGGUAACAGCGAGGUGAUCCAUCUCUCGGGCGAGGACGACGACGGCCUUGGCGAGGUGGACAGGACGCACAUCUUCACCAUCAGCGGAGUAACAUUCGACAAGGCGAUCGUUCGCCGAGACAACUUCUGGGACGUCGCUGGCGAUGACAUGGUCUACAAGAAUAACAGCAACGACUCCAAGUGGAAGUCUUUACCCCCGUCUCAGAUUGUAGAAAGAGCCUUGUCCAAGAUCGGCCGUGUGGGUUACAACCUCAUCUUCAGCAACUGUGAGCAUUUUGUGAAAUGGUGCCGAUACAAUAUGGAACGAAGUGACCAGGUGGAGAGUUAUGCCACAGGCCUUGCUGUGGGAGGGGCUAUUGCGGCCGUGGUGGGUGUGGUCGCCUGGCUGGGGAGCGGCUCAAAGGACCAGACAAAGGAGAGAAAGUCCGAGCACUGAUUACUCAAGCAUCGCAUUCUGUCACCCCGGAUCCAUGAGAUUACUGAUAAUGAAUAACUUCGUUACAUUCGUAAUAAAUGGGAUACACACAGGCCAA